UUCCUGCCCCUCCCAGCAGGGCCGGGGCCAGGGCAAGAGCGGGAGAGACAUGGAGGAGGAGGCGGCGGAGAAGGCCGGGGCUGAGCCCAGGCGGCGGAGGAGCCGGCGCCACUCAAGCGGGCGUCGCAGCUCGGAGCGAUCCCCGAGUCCCGGCCGGCUGGACGUGAGCUCGCCGCGCUUCGACCCGCUGCUGGCGCUGUACUCGGAGCGCACCCCGUUGCCUUACCCGGCCGCGCCCUGCUUCAACAACCUGGCCGAGUACGAGAGCUUCCAGCGCGGCCUGCUCCGCGCCCCGGGUCGCUCGAGAGCGGCCGCCGGCCGCAGCAGCCGCUCCGCCGGGACGCGUACUCGGAGCCGGGCCGGCCGAGCCGCCGCCGACCCCGAACGCCUCCAGCGGCUCCGCAACCUCAUGCUGGUCAAGGAGCCCAAGCCAGAAGCGGCGGAGAGAGCGAGGGCGCGGGGCAGGAAGGCGCCGCGCAACGUCCUCACCAAGAUGCCCCUUCAUGAAGGCAGUCCACUUGGGGAACUCCACCGCUGUGUUCGUGAUGGUGUAAAGGUCAAUGUCCAUAUCCGAACUUUCAAGGGGCUUCGUGGUGUCUGCACUGGAUUCUUGGUUGCAUUUGACAAGUUCUGGAAUAUGGCCCUGACUGAUGUAGAUGAGACAUACCGAAAGCCAGUGCUGGGUAAAGCUUUCUACGUGGAGCCACAGUUGACCCUCACCAGACUCUUCGACAGACUGAGGUUGCAGGAGUCCCUGGUUAAAAAAGAAGCCGAUUCAAAGACGACUAGGGACUUGCCAGCCCUUCCAUAUGAUCCAAGGACAUCGAGGAGGAAAUCUGAGUCAGGUAGGGGAAGGUCAGAGGAGAAACAUGGAGCAAAGAAGCACGCCAGCAGAGAGAGGACACGAAGCUCUAGUUUGCCGAAAGUCUCUGGGAGAGACAUGGAUUUGCCCAGCAGAAUCUCCCAAGUAGAGGAGAAGAGCACGGGUGGCAAGAGAGGCCGUUCCCGAAAAAAGCAGAGGCCCAGAGUGGAUUAUCAGCAAGUGUUUACACGACACAUAAACCAGAUUUUCAUUCGGGGAGAAAAUGUGCUGCUUGUUCACCUGUCCCAUUGAUCUCAUUGACUGAUUCCAGCCACAGCAGUUCAGUGAUGAAAAGAGGCAGUAUUUUAACUCUUUUUCCUUUUGGCCAAAAGAGGGAAAGGAUUAUAGACCUAGAGACUUGAGCCAAGUAUCUGUUUGAGUGGACUGGAAUUUAUCUACAGCUGAUGUGGUCUCUCCCAAAACAGGUGCCCUAAACUUUGGGAAAUGAACAGGCUGUGUGGGCUUUCAAAAUUGUUCGGCUUGGAUGUGGAGUGAUUUUCCUUAUCCAGUAAAUAUUUAAAUUCUGCAGUAUAUACAGCUGGUUAAGUGGGUCUGGAAAAGCCACAUGGUCAUGACACUGAUACUUCCAUGAGAAAUGUGAAUUAAAGGACAGAAUGCUAAAACUUGUGAAAAGGAGCUACACUUGUAGGAAUUAGCUUGCUUGAAGCCACCUCUUUCUUCUCCAUAAACUAUGCAUAGGGGCCCUCAAAGGACUGGUCCAGUUUUGCAUUGCUCCUGAAGAAGUCCCAUUCUCCGAAAACAAAUGGAAAAAAAAAGGAGUUUACAUUGCAACUAGUGUAAUUUUUAAAAAAAACUUUCCUCCCCAGUUCAUCUUCUGAAAGCAACCUUUGACUUUUUGUUUGACAUUUAUAAAAACUGAGCCUUCCACCCAACUUUUCUCUCCUUGUUCUCCUACUCAUUUCUACCUGCAACACAAUAUGUGUAGCAUCUCUGUUUUGAGCUUGCUUUAUUGUAUUUUUCAACAACCCAGAAAUUGUGGCUUUUUUUCCUAUCCAUUUUUGUGUCUUUAACAAUGAAGACUAAAAUAUACGUAAGCGAUUUAAAAAAGAAAAAAGAAAAUGUUGAAUGUUUGCUUGGUGUUGCUAUGUACUAUCUGGUGGCUUUGGGAAUCUGAUUUCCCUGCAACUCUUAGUAACUACAGAAAAUACUCAGUUUGCAAUAUCUACUAGGAUUUUUCCAAUUAUUUUUUGGCUCUCAGUGAUCCUUUUCAAAUGCUGCUUGUUCUUGAGAAGCAUGUUUAAAACUGCUGAAAAGAAUGCAUGAUGAUUUUUUUUAAAAAUGGUGCUAUUCGCAGCACCUCUGUCUCUUUCAGCAUCUGUCAGAAUGGUGCAAGAUGUAACAAUGCAUGUAUAUGGACCAUGCCAUGAAAAUGUUUAGGGCACUACAAAAUAGCAACUCUGCUUAUGGGGAAUGUGUUAAACACAUCAGUAGCUAGAGAAGAUUCCCUUAAGUAGGAGAAAUGCCAUAAGAUCUUUUACAGUUUUAUUAAAAUUGAAUUCCAAAGCAUCUAUAAAAGCAUAAUUAAUACAAUAUAUUUGGUGAGUCAUUCUGCAUUUCUAAAAUAACUAGAAAAAUCUAAUGACUGAGUUGCAUUACGCAAAGGUCAAUAGUGAUAUAUUUUUGUCUGAAUGGCAAAACCAAGGGCAUUUUGCCUAAUUUUCUCAAGACGGUAAAAAUGAAGCAUUUGAGGAAAGGAGAAAUCUUAUCAGAUUUUUUUUUUUUACAGAUAAUAUUUUGGGGUAUCAGAAGCAUAUUAGAAAGCUUUGCGUUGCAUGUGAUGCUUAUGUUGGAAGCAAAACAGGCAAUUAAAAGAAAUACUCAUUACUUCUCAACACUUUCCUGGGGUGGCAAAGCCUUUAUCCACCACUCCACCAGCAACUAAUGGAAAAGCAAUUUUCUUUUGGGAUGUUGGAGCCUUGAAUUGCACGAUGAUAAUUACACAAAAUAGGGAAAACCAUUUGGAAGACAUUUUUUUGACUCAAUCAAGCCCAUCUCUUUUGGAGCGAUCAAAAAAGAUAAAAAUAAUCAUGAAAGGCGAUUUUCAAUGCAAAUGCAUGAGGAGAAAGUUGAGUGGCUCCCACUCGCAAGUUUUACUUUAAUUUAGGUUAAAGUGUGACAAUGCACGUAACAUUUAAUUUUCCUCCGUAUUGAAUAACUCAAACCAUCAAAUUUUAUUUCAUCAGUGUAAUUGGGUGCACGAUAGUAAAUAUGGUAAUAGUCAAGGAAAGGAGCUAGGAAGCAAUAUGUGUAGGACGCAAGCAAAUUUUUGUGUAGUUGUAUUUGUUUUAACAAAAAUGGGAAUGAUAUAUGCAAAAUGUGUGUCUUCCAUAGUAUCUUCUUUCUUCGCUAUUCUGCUUUUUUUUAAAAAAAAUAAUCAGUACAUGUUUCGAUGUGAGAUAGCUUCAGUUUCUGCAGCAACCUCUAGUUGCCCUUUCUGAUGUGACUUUCUCUAGCCUCUUUGUAAUGUAUAACAUCGCAAGGGAAUUUAACAAAAUAGUCUUCUCUGGUGUCUUCAGAUAUAUUUCCUAGGACAUGCAUCUACAUCUAGUUAUAGUCGGUUCAUAAGUGUCCAGUAGGAGCUUCAGUGAUGUCAUCUGUAAUGUUACAUCAUCCACUCCCUGUGGACCCUUUAUUGUAAGAGUCUUAUGGCUGGAUCAAUGUUUGCUAUCAAUUUUGACUUCCUUUGGAUAACCACAAAGUUUUACUAUUCCUCAGGAGUUCUUUAACUCACUCGAUUACUUUUUGAAAAUCCCAAUUUUUUUCCUUUUUUUUUGAACAUUAGUACCAUAUAUCUUCUGGAAUUUUGGACAGAUCAUGUAUUUCAGCAAUAGGGUCAAAAAGCUAGUAUUAGAAUAGGUUAUUUAAAUUAAGUUGUAUGAUUUUCCAUUAAUAAGCCAUUUCCAUGCUUGAACCAAAUACACUUAUAUAUUAAUUACAAGGCAUUCUCCCUUUUUCUUUCCUCUUCAACAUCAAACACUGAAUAUACACUUCAGUGUUUUGAUUCAGCUUACCUGUUUGCUUCAUUCUCAGCUCUUUAUUUUGAUUUAAAAAACAACAACUAAGUUUAAUAUUUUCCACUAGGAUUUUGUUUAAUUAAUGAAAGCCAAACUUUCUUGGUGCAUCCAUAUUUGUAAACUAGAAUUCUGUUUGCAGAUCAAUUUCGUAUGUAUCACUAUUCGUCACUUUUUCUUCUUCUUUUUUUUGUUCUCUACAAUAUUCUGUCAGUUAUUUAAGGGCAGAAGUUUCUUACCAGAGUCAUGUUCCCUUAUUGGAACUUAAUUUCAAAAGAUCAGACUAUCUCUUUGAUUUCCUUUUGCUACUUUUUCUUCAUGUAGCUUCUAAAGUGCCAUUUACUGAAAUAGAAGUGAUCCAGGAUUCACCUUAUCCCUUGACCUUUGUUUCUGUGAAAUACUAUAUGUCACUAAUAAUUCUAAGUCAUCCUCCUUUUUAAAUCAUAUUAAUCUUAAUUAGCUUGUUGGCAGUUGUUACUUGAAAACUUCUAGGUGCUAAGCUUAAUUUCCAAGGUGUUACUUCUCAUAUACCAAGUAUAAAAUGUAUUUGGAAACAUCCUGUCUUCCUUUAUGCCCUCGAUCCAUAGUAGCUUACCUCAGGACAUCUUAAUUCAUUUCUGUAGAAAUGUGUUUGCCAGAAUGGAACAUGUGCUACCAAAACAUAGCUUUAAAAAAAUCUUUAAAAGCUACCAAGGCAUAGUUUAUUGGCCAGUAGAGAUAAGCAUAAAAACUUGAAAAAGAAAGUUUGAGACUAGAGGCCAUGCAGAUACCAUGGGUGAAUUACUUAGCUGUGAAAAAAAGGAUUAAUAUUUUGAUUGCUUUGUUGGACAGUCCAUAACUUACGAAUGGAGUUCAACCCAAAAAGAAAAAGUAAGCAAAACUGAAAUAGGGAAAAAAAAAUCCUUACCUUCAGGUGUGGAAUACUUAGCCAAACUGGCUCUCCUGUUUUCUUAAAACUCAAGUUGUCUGUUGGUGAAAACUAAGAAUGAUUUUAAAUAUAAGUUCCAUUUGGACAGUGUUUAAAAAUGCUUCUCUGUGACCACAUGCUACUUGUUAAGUUUAUUAUUAUAUGAGCUGGAUAAUGUGUGAGUUUUUUAGCUGUUUACAGGAAUUUUCCACCAGUGGUAUGAAAUAAGUUGUGGAGGACAGUUAUAAAAUGACAGUGUUCUUCACCUCCCCCCCCCACUUCUCCUUCUCCUCCUCUUCCUCCUCCAACAGUCUUGCUUCCAUUUUCUGUUCAGAAAAGCUACAUUUAACCUCUGUCAUACUAUGCAACUAUUCCCUUUUAUGAAGACAUGAAGAGUUGGUCAUCCUAUGUAACGGCAGACAUAUUGGCUCUCAUUGGAGAGGAUUUUUGGACAUUGAGAUGAAGAGUGUCUGUUACUAGCACAUCUUAAAACAACCUUCUUCUCUUGAAGAUUUUCUGUCACUUUGAGCUCCGAACUUUUAGUCAAUGGUGCAAAGAUGGAUAUAUGCAGCUUUGUUGAUAAUAAUUUAUUGUAUGUCAGUCAACAAUUCAUUUCUCAUUUCACAAGGCUCAUGCUGUCAAAGAUUUUCAUUUCUGAUUUCAGAGAAACCCCAUUGGGGCUGAAGAUGAAUUUAAUUUUUGUUCAGGAGAAGAAAGACCCCAGUGCCUUGGUGAAGCUAUUCCACAAAGUGAAUGACAGAAGUCUAGUUUGGUGAAGAGUUAAGUAUAAAAAAACUUGUUUUUUCCUAAUCCAUGCAAAUGUUUCAGGAGAAUCUGAAAAGACCGGCUCCUCAGCUGACUAGACACGAAGCCUGUCACAAAAGACAGAAAAGAAAUGCCGUGUCUGACUUUUGAUUUCACUGUUUUCAGAGUAAAGUGCAGGCACAUUGGCACAUUUUCUCCUUGACAAUUCCCUGUCAAUAGAACCUACUUAUCCCACUUCUGUUGGGGUCAUUAGAAAUGACAAAGCUUUGGGCUGAUAGUUCAUGCACACCCUCAGUUUCAAAGCCUGAUGUUAGAGAAAUGAAUUAUUGACAUGACACAUAUUUUUAACUAAUGUUAUUCUUGCAGUUCCUCCAUUAAAUCUUGGGGACUCUGGUGUGUAGCUAUGCAGUGCAAUUUGAAAUACAGUUCCCAGGUCCUUGGCUUGAGAUGACUGGCUCUGAUUCCUUCCAUGUUUGUAAUGCAUAUAGGACGUGAUUUUCUUUCUCUGCUUGUUCUUUUUUUGUUUGUUUGUUUGUUUGUCAAAUGAGAUAUUGUUGGCACAUCUGAAGGACACGUGUCAUGUUCAGUAUAAACUCGGACAGAGCCUGCAUAGCGCAGAUGCCCCAACCUUCUGACUUUGGUUUUAACUGUUGGGAAAAGUUACCGCUAACCUACAUAUGCUAUGUGAACAAGGCAAAAGCACCAAUCAGCUGCCAGUCUGUGCUUUGGCCCUGCAAAUACUUGUUAAAAGAAUGUGCAAAUGGCCUCUAGUCUCUUUUCUUAAGGAUUGUAUUUCCAAGAAGGAGUUGUUGCUUGAACCCCUGCAAUGUAUGUACAUGUAUGAUGUGUCUUUUAAAAAAAAUAAAGCUUGAGGAUGUUAAGCGUCUAUACCAGGAGUUUAGUCUCCAAGGCAAUAAAUGUCUAACUGUAAUUAUAA